AUGCCUAGAUCCACCAGAACGACGGGUGGAAGACACUCUGAACAAUCUCGUGAAUACGACACACAGUCCUUGACUGAAAGUGUAACCCAGUAUCCUGUCGAGAAUGGCCGAACAUAUCACAAAUACCAUGAGGGCGCAUAUGUAUAUCCAAAUGACGAGCGGGAGAUGAACCGACUGGACAUGCAGCAUCACAUGUGCAAAAUGCUAACGGGAGGCCGUCUGUUUCUCGCGCCUUUAAGAAAUCCACGCAACAUUGUGGAUAUUGGCACUGGCUCUGGGAUAUGGCCGAUAGAACUUGCAUCAAUUUUCCCACAUGCACAGAUUACAGGCACCGAUCUUUCCCCUUGCCAGCCGGAUGAAGUACCGGAGAACGUUCAUUUUAUCGUCGAUGACUGUACAGAGGAAGACUGGCUCUGGAACCACAAUUCUCUCGAUUAUAUUCAUUCAGGACACAUGUCCGGUGCCCUUCCAUCCUACAAAGACCUCCUGAGAAAGAUGUUCGACCACCUCAAACCAGGCGGCUGGGCCGAGUGCCAGGAGUUCGAUACCAUGGUCAAAUGUGACGACGGAACGAUGCCACCGCUAACUGACGAGCUUGGGGCAUACCCAUUCCAGGACUGGUGCGAUUUGCAAAUACGCGCAGGUCAAUCAACAGACCCCCCAAGGCAGUUCCGCGUAGCGCACCGUAUCGCGCGUGGAAUGAAAGACGUCGGCUUUGUCGACGUCCAGGAAUAUAUAUUCAAAGCUCCCGUGAACCCCUGGUCCUCUGAGCCCCAUUUACAUACCAUUGGCAAGUGGAACGAGUCAAAUAUCCUAGAGGCCCUCUCUGGGUGGUCUUAUAAACCUCUCACAACACUGUCGUGGUCAAAACCAGAAAUCGAGGUCUUCCUCGUUCAAGUGCGACAAAGUGUCCAAGAUCGCCGUGUUCAUGCUUACUUCGAUUUCCAUGUCAUAACUGGGAGGAAGCCAUACCCUGGGGAACGGGCGAGUUGA